CACCACUGAGGAACGGAUAAUCAAUGUGAAAACCAUCUUUGCUCUCUAUUGGCUGUAUUUACUGUCGUCGAGCCGUCUGCAUUUGCGCGUCUUUGAUAAACAGAUUCGAUAGACACGCAGUCUUUCUCACACCGCCCUCCAAGACGCCGUCAUGGCAACCCCGCUGGCUCAACCUACAGAGCCAUCUGCGACUCCGACUGUCGCAACGGCGAAGCCGAUUCACAGCCUCGUUCUUGAUACCGGUCCGCUGAUCAAGAACGAUCCUCCUGCCAGUGUCCUCAUCGCCAAGGCCGAAAAGCUCUACACCCUUCCCAACAUCAUUAGCGAAAUCCGCGACGUUGCGACCCGAUCUCGAGUUGAAACAACGCUGUUGCCAUUCGUCACCCUGCGGUCCCCUAGGCCCGAGAGCUUAAAGUUCAUUGCAGACUUUGCGAAAAAGACUGGUGAUUAUGGAGUACUUAGCAGACCAGACAUGGAGGUGCUUGCACUGGGAUACGAGCUGGAAUGCGAGAGGAACGGAGGCGACUGGAGACUGAGGAAUACACCGAGCCAGAAAGGAUUGAAUGGCAAGCCGCAACAGGAUAAGCCGACGGAGGAAGCACAAGAAGAACCAGCUCCAGCGGAUGGAGCUCAACAGAUCACCGAACCCGAAGAGACGCCAGAAGCCGCAGACGAACAAGAGAAUGCCCAGUCAGAGCCACAUGCCGGGGCCAGCCUCAACAAUGACAUGCAGAACCUCAGUCUGGAAGCCUCUGGCAACAGUGAAGAGCAACCCACACCGACUGGGGCAACGGAAGCUGUCGAAGAAACUCAAGAUUCUUCCCCGGUUGCACAGCAGCCUGAAGAGGUUCCAGAGGAGUCUGACGAUGAGGGCUGGAUCACUCCGUCCAACCUCAAGAAGCAGCAAGCCAUUGACUCUGGCGCGGCUGGCACUAAUGACAAAGCCCCUCCUAAAAUUCUGCAGGCUGCCAUCCUGACCUCAGAUUAUGCCAUGCAGAACGUCGCCUUGCGUAUCAAUCUCAACCUCGUCACGCCCUCCUUCUCUCGCAUCACGUAUCUCAAGACGUGGGUCCUGCGGUGCCAUGGCUGCUUCAACAUCACCAAGGAUAUGAACAAGCAGUUUUGCCCCAAGUGCGGCCAGAGCACUCUUACAAGGACAAGUUGCUCAACGGACCAACACGGCAACUUCAAGAUCCAUCUCAAGCAAAACUUCCAGUGGAACAACCGCGGAAAUGUCUUCAGCGUGCCAAAGCCGGUCCACGGCAGUGCCAACGGAAGACUGCCGAAGAACGUUGGUGGCAAGAAUGGCUGGGGCAGAGACCUGAUCUUGGCUGAGGACCAGAAGGAGCACGUCAAGGCACUGGAUGACCAGCGGAGACAGAGGAAGAAGGAUUUGAUGGACGACGAUUUCUUGCCUGGUUUGUUGACGGGCAAUAGAUCGGGAGCAGGCAACAGGAUCAAGGUUGGUGCAGGACGUGCUGUGAACUCUAGGCGGAAGCGGUAGAUGGUGAGAAGCUGGCUACGGUUAUUAUGGGAAUAAAAAGGAGAUGCAGAAGUGAAUAUCCAUCAUGAUUGUAUGAAUUUAUAGAGCACACACAUCCAGAAAAAAAAGGCUAAAAAAAAAAAAGAUCAUAGCAGAG